CCUCUCCUUACUCCGUGCAGUGAAAGUUGCGAGAUUGAGGAGAUGUCUUUUGAGGAAACAUUGAGCAUUGGGGGGAGCGAGGAAGUAAGGAUGUUGGAGUACAGUGAUGUAAGUGUUGAGGGUGGGUCGUCUAGGUUUGAGCGUGUGGAGGGAGGGGUAGGUAGAAAUGAAGUUGUUAAGGUUGGGGUAGAAGAGGUGCCCGCCAAUAUAUUGAAAGUGGGAGAUAGAAGUAAUAAGUUUUAUGAUAGUGGGGCAGACAUUGUGUAUGAGGUAAAGGAGUAUGAGAUUGAGCUCAGGAGUAAGGAUAGCCUGAGUUAUCUCGUAGAGACUUACGAGAUUUUCUCUAGAGUAUUAAUUAGGCUUGCCGGAGUGAAAGAAAGGGCAUGCUUUACACCCCGGGAUCACUGGAUGCCAGUGUAUGCCCAUUAUUUGGUAGUAGGGGUUAGGUUUCCGUUGCCUGAUUUGUUGGUGUGGCUGUUGUUGGAGUAUAGUGUAGGUUUGACCCAAUUAUCUUCCAAUGCGGCUAGGAGUAAAAAGGAGAAGGGGUGGUAUUACUUUACACCUCGGUCGUCCAACAAAGAAAAGAGAAACCUGUUUAGUGCAGGGCCUUCCUUCAUUAAGGGUUUAAAUAGUGAUGAGGAAGAGGAAGUGGAGAAGCUAGUGAGAAAAGAAGGUGAUAUAAUAGAUAUAAUGUUUCUCACCAGCUUGGAUGUUAUAGAAGCAGUUGAGCUCUAUGGACCAAGUUCAAUGAGCGAAGCUGAAAUGGACAAAUUUCUUGGUGCUGCUGGUGGGGUGGCUAUUCCCAAAAAACUGAGGAAAAAGUCCAAGACUUUGGAGAAGGCUGCGAGUGGGAAAGGAGAUGGGAACAUGGAAAAAGGGCAGAUGUCAAGCACAAAAGUCCGAACUGCAGAGGAGGUGGAGCUGAGGUCUAAACGGAAGAAGGAUGAAGUGGAUCAAGCUCAAAAGAAAAAGAGGAGAGUGGAGGAUGAGGUUAGGGGAGACGAGGUAGUGGAGUUCGUACCUCGGCUUGCACCUGUUGAGCUUGAUACAGAUCUCAGGGAAACUGAGGUUCCUACUCCUGGUAAGGGUAAGCGAUUGUUCCCACUUCUUCUCUCCAAAGCAGCAUUUUUGAGAGCAAGAACUUCUCCGCGACGAAAAAUUUUAUCAACGCCUAUGUGCCUGAGGUGGAUCGCCGCAAAACAAGGGACAAAGCCUUGAAAGAAGGUGAAAGCUGAGUAUUCUGAAGUUGAUAUAACCAAGAUCACCUUCGGCGAACAAGAGGAAGGGGUGGAGGAAAGUGACGAAAGCAUGUCAGCAAAUUUUCGACCUCAGGUUAAGCUGAGGUGGGAUCAUGAUGAAGAAGGACGGGUCGUUUUCCCUCCGAACUUUGAUUUCGAGUUCGUAGCAGUGGAGGAAGAGGAAGGAGAGGCAGAAGGGGCUGAAGUUGAGAAAAGUCAGCCAUCUCCUGCCGUGGAGGUGCAUCUAGUUCCCUCUAAAGAAGAGCAGCCACCUCCCCCAGCAGAGCAGGAGCCACCCCAGCCACCUCCUCCAGCGAAGUAGAUAGGGAUUUUUAUAUUUUUUUGAUUUAUGUAAUUAGGAUUUGGACAAUGAUUUGUGUACAAGUUUUUUGAUUAAUUUAAGGAAAAUUUUUGAAAUUAGUUUGAUCAUUUAUUUUGUACUCGUAAGGAUUUAGACAAAUAACUCACUUUGGAUAUG